AUGACCGUAAUUACUGAAAAGGCUAUGCGUGAUAUAAGCAGAUGGUGUCUAUUUUGCCUGUGCGUUUUAUUGCAUGUCUUUGUUAGAAGUUAAAUAACGUUUUAAUAUAAAUUUCAUUAAUUGGCGAUCUGAAUUCAUACUUAAUUAAUGUUUCUCUUUCAAACACAACAUCGCAUAUUUGUGCGGUAGUUUGUACUCUAUAUAUUACGAUUAUCACGCUACCGGGAGCGUGCUAUGCGCGUUCGGCCUGGCGUCCACACGAACAGGGAGGCGUCAAGCCAUUCAUUGGGAGGAAGACGGACAAACAGAGAGAGAGGGGAAGAGCAGUACAAGCAGAUAGUAGUCAAAGCUGGAGAAUCAAAAGCUGGGGUCCAAACUCAGAGGAACAAGUGUCCGACUGGAAGGCAGAAUUAGUUAGGUUGAGAUGGCGGAGGUAAGCGAUGUUUUGAUGUCGGUUUUGUCUACAAUCCGGGUUCCGAGGCCCGGGGACCGUGUCCACAAAGACGAAUGCGCCUUGUCAUUUUCUUCUCCGGAGAGUGAAGGAGGCCUGUAUGUGUGCAUGAACAGUUUCCUUGGGUUCGGCAGUCAGUAUGUGGAUAGACACCACACCAGGAGCGGACAGCGGGCUUACCUGCAUAUCUCCCGGACCCGCAAAGCUCCGAAGGAAGAUGAUGAGAACUCUGGAUCCGGUGACCCACCCAAGAAGAAGCCCACCCGAUUAGCCAUAGGGAUCGAGGGAGGGUUCAAUGUGGAGCAGGAGCAGUAUGAGGAGGAAGUAAAGGUUGUCCUCUUCCCUGAUAGACAGGAAGUUACAUCCGAUGACCUCGCCACCAUGCCAGAUGUUGUGAGAGAGCGGGUAUCUCUAGCCAUGGCAGGGCUGAUGUCUGCAGACUCAGUGUCUCACACCCUGCAGGUGCAGCAGUGGGACGGCGAGGUGCGGGCAGAGUCCCGGCACGCCGUCGAACUCAAGCAGCUCAACAACGGCACCAAGAUCCCUCCCAGUGGUUGGCGGUGUGAGGUGUGUGACCUGCAGGAGAACCUGUGGAUGAACCUGUCGGACGGAAGGGUGUUCUGCGGUCGCAGGUAUUUCGAUGGGUCCGGGGGGAACAACCAUGCCCUCCUGCACUUCCAGCAGACGGGACACCCUCUAGCAGUCAAACUGGGUACCAUCACCCCCGACGGCGCAGAUGUGUACUCCUAUGACGAGGAUGAUAUGGUACUGGAUCCAAAGCUCCCCGAACACCUGUCCCACUUUGGCAUCGACAUGAUGACCAUGGAAAAGACGGAGCAUACGAUGACAGAGCUGGAGAUAGCGGUGAACCAGCGUGUGGGGGAGUGGGAGGUGAUCCAGGAGUCAGGGGCCACCCUGCGGCCUCUGUCGGGCCCCGGCCUCACCGGCAUGAAGAACCUGGGCAACAGCUGCUACCUCAACUCGGUCAUGCAAGUCCUCUUCACCGUGCCUGACUUCCAGAGCAAGUACGUCUCCAACAUUGACAAGAUCUUCAAUGAAGCUCCAAGCGACCCCACCCAGGACUUCAAAACCCAAGUAGCAAAGCUGGGCUAUGGUCUGUUGUCGGGCGAGUAUUCCAAACCAGCCCCUGACCCAGGAGAGGGUUCUGAACCCAGCUCUGAACCCAGAGGUGACCAGGUUGGCAUAGCAGCACGUAUGUUCAAAGCACUUGUUGGGCGGGGCCACCCGGAGUUCUCCACCAAUCGGCAACAAGACGCCCAGGAGUUCUUAUUACACUUCAUUAAUAUGGUGGAGAGAAACUGUCGUUCGGGGGUGAACCCAUCUGAAGCCUUCCGUUUCCUGGUAGAGGAGAGGAUCGUCUGUCAGCAGUCACAGAAAGCAAAGUACACGCAGAGGGUGGACUACAUCCUCCAGCUACCUGUGCCCAUGGACCAGGCCACCAACACAGAGGAGCUGCAGGAAGCUGAGCGUCGGCGUGAGGAGGCAGACUCGUCGGGAGCCCCUGCCCCCGCGCCGGUACGCGCCUGUAUCCCGUUCACAGCGUGCAUGGCGGCUCUCAGCGAACCGGAGACGCUCACAGACUUCUGGAGCUCCGCCGCGCAGGCCAAGACUACCGCCACCAAGACCACCCGCUUUGCCUCUUUCCCUGACCACAUGGUUAUCCAGGUUAAGAAGUUCACUUUUGGUCAGGACUGGGUCCCCAAGAAACUAGACGUGAGCAUCGACGUUCCCGACACGCUGGACCUGACUGCGCUCCGUGGGACCGGCCAGCAGCCGGGGGAGGAGCUUCUGCCAGAGGUGGCCCCACCCCCUCUCAUGACCCCUGACGUGGAGGUCAAAGGUAUCCUGGGUUCCCACGGCAACGAGGAGGACGACUCGCUCUACUCCCCACUACUGUCCCCAGUCCUGGAUGACUCUACCGUGUCCCAGUUGUGUGAGAUGGGAUUCCCACUGGAGGCCUGCAGGAAGGCUGUGUACUAUACUGGGAAUACUGGAAUCGACGCAGCCAUGAACUGGGUCAUGGGCCACAUGGACGACCCAGAUUUCUCCUCUCCCUUGGUAUUGCCGGGCACCAGCUCCGCUCCCGGGACCACGCCCACAGAGAGCAUUUCUGAAGAGCACCUAGCAACAAUCGUCUCCAUGGGCUUCAGCCGAGACCAGGCCACGCGAGCACUGAGGGCCACGAGUAACGUCCUAGAGCGCGCCGUGGACUGGAUCUUCUCCCACCUGGAUGAUCUAGAGUCCAUGGAGGUUUCGGAGGGGGGCCGCUCGGCCGCCGAGAGCGAGGGGUCCAGGGAGCCCCCUCCUGGGCCUAAAGUCCGAGACGGACCCGGCAAGUAUGAACUGUUUGCCUUCAUCAGUCACAUGGGCACGAGCACUAUGUGUGGCCACUACGUCUGCCACAUUAAGAAGGACCAACAGUGGGUUAUCUUUAACGAUCAGAAAGUGUGUGCCUCAGAGAAGCCGCCCAAGGACCUGGGUUACCUCUACUUCUACCGGAGAGUCACCGAGUGAACGGAGGGGGGCAGAGUUUCAUUUAGGGAGGGGAAGAGGGUCGCCAACAUGCACAUAUACACACUGUCACACACUGAGCUACUAAGAAUGCUCUGACACACGCUUCUGAACUGACAAAUGUAGGGUUUAAAUAAAUACACUUUUCCCACAGCUAUGUACGCAGACACAGGCAAGUGGAAUGGAUGGGGUGUUUUAAAGGAAGUUUUUUCCCCCAUUUUUUUUUUUUCUUCCCCCCUCCACUUUUUACAAACACAGUAGUGUUGGUGGAAGGCUGCUGGUGUAUUCACCCCUUCUAAGUCUAUACUCAUCUUGCAACUGACACCAAUCAACUCGUGAUAGAUACUGGUAAUCAUUAUACAGUGUCUAUGGCAACAAUGUUCCCUCCCCCCCCUCUUCCCUGAACAACAUGCCACUUAUUGACUAGCAUCCGUUGUAUUGUUAUUGCUUCUUAAGCCAAGCACUGCCUCCCUUCUCUCCCCCUUCUGUGUUCCAACAUGGCAUUUUCAUAAGUUUGGCAUCCACAGUAAUAGAGAGGAAAAAGUUAAUAAAAUACAAAAAACAUAAAUUUGUAUUUAAAAAAAAAACAACUAAAUAAAGUAAAAUAAAAACUAAACGGGUUCUUUCAAGUGUGGUGAGGGUGAUAUCUGGCUGGUUUUUGUUGUGUUUAUUUUGCUCAAAUGAAUUCCUUUGUUACUUCUGCUCUGACAAAUAAAGAUGUCUUUGUGCCGCC